CAAGUCUGCCGGAAAUAACAAAGAAGAAGAGGGAGCAGGAAACAUGGCGGAUAACAGCAAUAUCGAGCAUACGGAAGAAGCGAACGUAAAUAAAAAUGCUGCUGCUGGAGGGUCCUCGAUGGUGGUCACCAUCAAAACCCCACAAGGAAAAGAGGAAAUUGCGGUUUCCGAGGAUUGUUCGGUCGCCGAGUUUAGACAAGAGGUCUCCAAAAGAUUUGAGGCCAAGCAGGAGCAGCUGGUGUUGAUAUAUACUGGAAAGAUCCUGAAGGACAGUGAUACUUUAAAGCAGCAUGGCAUCAAGGAUGGGCACACUGUUCAUCUUGUUAUCAAGGCCCAAAAAUCAACAGGUGGGAGUACAUCUCAGUCAAGUUCCAGCUCUGCACCAACUCAGCAAAACACCAGCGCCACUGUAACAGACAGCACAAGAGGUGGCACAAGUCAGGCGCCAACACAACCUGCUAAUGCAAUGAGUGGACUCGGUGACCUGUCUGGCUUGUUAGGUCUUGGCAUGGGUUCAUCCAACCUCAUGGAGUUGCAGCAGCAGGUGCAGAGACAGCUGAUGUCCAACCCACAGAUGCUAUCGCAGAUUAUGGGGAACCCGCUAGUCCAGAACAUGCUGUCCAACCCAGACCUGAUGAGACAGAUGUUCGCGGGAAAUCCUCAGAUGCAGCAGCUCAUGGGACAAAACCCCGAGUUCUCCCGCUUGAUCAAUAACCCUGAGCUCAUGAGACAGAUGCAGAAUCCGGAAACACUUUCUAUGCUGACCAACCCCAGAGCCAUGCAAGCCCUCGUACAGAUCCAGCAGGGCAUCCAGACAUUACAGAACGAAGUCCCGGGUUUCAUGUCCAAUUUGUCUUCACAAGGUCUCACAGUUCCUCCAACCACAGGGGGCAGUGUCCCCCCAUUGAACCCUCUUGGUCCUGCUGCGGCAUCGGGAUCCAGUCCCUCACAGCAGCAGCUCAUGCAGCAGAUGUUACAGAUGUUUGCCGGCGGGGGGCCAUCGCUUCAAACCCCAGAGGUUCGUUUCCAGCACCAGCUUGACCAGCUCAACGCCAUGGGCUUCAUCAACCGCGAAGCAAACCUGCAGGCACUCAUCGCCACAGGAGGGGACGUCAACGCAGCCAUUGAGAGACUGCUGGCCUAACUCGCUCUGUUCACUUUGGGGUUGAGGGUGGAUGAUGUACAGUUGGGGGCUGGCAUGAGAGAUUUAAAAAUAAGUAAAUAAAUAAAUGAAUACAGUCCUCCAUUACAUUUGAGUCUGACCUGACCCCCAGGUAGACUUAGGGAUAUUCCAGUAAUUUAUAAUCUCUUCAGCUGAGCUGUAAAUCAUAAUGAUGAAAAGGAAGGUUGGGGAAGAGAGCUGCCAGUUUGAGUCUCAAACAAUUACUGUUGCGCUAAAUGCUGUGGCAGUACUGCUGCUGUGGAGUGAUGCCAUGGCUGUCAGUGCCACUGUGUUUGUCCUGCCAGCCAGAGAUGAUUUUUCUGGCAUGACAAGUGCUCCUUCACUUGACUUCUGCAUGAGGUUACCAAGCAAUUAACUUUUAAUACUUGUUUAUACAUUAUUUAAUUUUAACAGAUUGUAUUUAGACAGUUAUAUUAAGAGUUGUGAAUCAGGGUGUUGUUACAGUAGGUUUGAUGGUGUUCCAUUUGUGUUUUCUGUCUGGACAAGCAGCUUGUUCUUAACGAGUUUUUAUUUCCACCCAUGAGCCUUAAUCUUGCCUCGUUGACAGGUAUUUAUUAAGUUAUCUCGUCACUUAAGUUUUUUUUUUUUUUAAUCCUGAAGGGUUCUACACUCUACUGCAUUUUCUUUUCCAAAAACUGCUCUAAGUACUUUUAUUAAAUUUGUAAAGGUGGUAACUGUUGCUUAAAUGUUUUCUUGUGGAUGAAGGUUUUCAGACUACAGGACCAAGACUAUGAUAUGUAUAGAAGAGGGUUGGCAGAUAUGACAAUAUAAACUUUAGAGGAGAAAGAUUUUGCUAUACCCAGGCACCUAUACCUUUAAUAUCUCUGGUUAUAUUAUGCCAUUCCCGGGGGUGUUGCCAAAUAUUAUUAUUAUAUUACAUAUAUAGGAAUUUCUUGGACUUUCUCUGAUUUGUCUGGUUUUCAUCCACAGAAUUAACCAGGACAGUAAUUUCCAUCUGAUUAUGAUAUUACUGCUUACAAAUGAAACUUUAUUUUACAGUAACAUGGUUGUAUAUUAACAUACAAGCAAUGUAGUGCCUAAAUAUAACUGUUGGGUUCUGCAGUAUAUUACAAAAGUGUCAGUGAAAUCUAUUAUUUUAUGUGUACCUAUGGACUUUUUUCAACCAAAUAAAUUAUUUGCAAUA